AUGGCUGGAAUAUCUUCGAGCUCAAUAAUAAUAUUUGCAACUCUUGGAAAACCUAAGCUUCAAGCUAGGAUAAGAGCAGUUGACCCCAAUGAGGCUAACUCUCAGGUCAAUUCUCUUCUAGUAAGAUCAGGCGAUCAAUAGAAUCAGCCAAAUACUGGAAACACUUUUGUAGAUGAUGGUGAUAAUUAUGACUCACUACCUUUUUGGGAGGAAGUUAGAGCCAUUAUUAAAUUGAUGUUUUCAAAGAGAAUGAUGAUUCUACUCCCACAAGUGUUCUGGACUGGAAUAAGUUUGGCUGUAUAUACAGGUCUUCUUGUUCCAAUCAUCACAGAUACAAUUCCUGGAAAUGACGAUCAAGAUAAGUUCAUGAAAUCCAUGUUCGCCAUGGUUUCCUUAGGAGUGGGUGAGAUGGUUGGUGGUCUAUUUAUAGGUCAAAUAAUUGAUAGAUAUGGAAACAGAUGGGCAACGGUUGCCAAUAUUGUAAUGAUAAUAAUACAAUCGGCUAUUGCCAUAAUAUAUAUAGUAAUCUAUGAAUACUCUUGGCUAGCCUUCCUAAUGACUUUUGUUUGGGGAUUUGCUGAUAGUGCUAAUUGUACGCAUACCUCUGAAAUGCUUGGAUUCGAAUUUGAUAAUAAUUCUUAACCAUAUUCAAUAGACAACUUAGGAUAAGCUAUUGGUGCUUUCGUAUUCGAAAUCAUUGAAGCUUGGAUUUACGGGAAGAACACCUAUCUUAUUUUCAAUAUAGUAGUCGGUGGUUUAGGAGUACUGUUUAACAUUACCACUUUGUUCUUUACUUUCAAACCUAUGCCAAGGGAGCUGGAAAAAAGGGCCUUAAGAGGCACAGAUAUCAGACUUCGCAAAGGAUCCUAUAUUGGCUCUAUGUUAGAUAGCCAGAAAAAAUCACUUAAUGUGGAAAAAACUCAAUCAGUAAGUGAAUCUCAGGCUGAGGUUGUUUCCAGGAAAAAAUCUAAAAUAUCAAGCUGA